AUGGCAGGACCCUCAAAUGAUUGCAAUGAGGGAAGCCCUAGAAAAAUUGACAAAUGCAGUGGGGCGAAUGGAAAGGAGCCAAGCCCAUUCGUCCCCACUAGAUACCGAGGUGAAAUCCCCUGUAAGGACAAAGGCAAAGCGUCCCCCCCACCAGGAGGACUCUCUACUUUUCAAGAGGAGAAUCAUCAAGAAGCCAAACUGACCAGGUCAAAAGCAAGGAACCUGAGGCGAGAAAGACUGCAAAUCGCCGCAUACGAAGGAGAUAGUGACCCCCUCAGCCACCUUGACAAAUACACCUCGUGGAUGGAACUACAGGGGGCAAGCAACGCAAUCAUGUGCCGAGCAUUUUCCCUAACUCUAGGAGACAAAGCCCAAAGAUGGUUUAGGAGGCUACACGAAAGGUCGGUAAAAGAUUGGGAUGACCUAGCCACGACAUUCUUGGCCCAGUUUAUGGGCUCAAAGGCUAGAACUACACCCAAAGAACGUCUAGUGAGCAUCAAGCAGGGAAGAAGUAAAUCCCUCAAAAGCUAUCUGAGUAGGUUCAACAAGCAAUCCAUGGAAGUAGAAAAAAUAUCUAACGAUGCGGCACUCAUGGCCGUAUUAGCAGGACUAAGACCUAAAAUGAGAUUCUGGUGGUCAGUACACGAGGACGGCCUAAGGACUUAUCACGAGUUCCUGAAUCGAGCUGAGAAAUACAUAAGCACUGAAGAGGCAACCUUUGACCAAGUGGAAGCAAGACGCGAAAUUGACCUCAAUGAUGUGGUGAAAGAAAAAAAACCAAGCCGCAGUCCUCAACCAGAAAUAAAGAAGGACAGGAGGGAAAGAGAACGUCCGAGGGCUCAGCCAUACAAGUUCCGGGAGUACCACCCACUCAAAGCCUCCUUGGAAGAGGUAUUCACGCAAGCCAACACAAAAGAAGCAUUUCGCAGACCUAUAGUCCUGAAAAACGAACAGGUUGCACAACACCAAGGACGAUAUUGCCGAUACCACAGGACGAUGGACCAUGGUACUGAUAACUACCGAGACUUAAAAAAGGAAGUUGAAUCAUUAAUUCGAUGA